GCUAAAAUUAUAAUCACCAUUCAUGAUUAUCCACUCACCUUAUUCAGUUUUAUUAUUCAAAACAAAAGUGAGGAGUAAGGACCAAGACUGCUGUGAUUAGUUCAAUAAUCCUCAAUAUUUAGAUAUGGGCAAGAAAAAGAAAAAUUAUAAAGACAGUGGCGUUGUAAUCAGUAAAUCAGAGGAGACCUUACUGUCUUCACUUCUCCAAAAAUCAAGUGCACUAUCAACUACAAAUGCUAAUGAACAGUGGAAAGAACAUUUAGAAAUAAGAGAUCUUAUUGAAAAAAUUGAGAAAAUUCAAGCAAAAACAGAUAAUGGCAAAGAAACAGCAAGAAGAAGUGAUUUUCUUGUGAAAUUUAAUGAAUGGCUUAAGGAAAAUGAAGCUGGUUCGAAAAAUGUUGAGGUGUUCUCAAUUUCUGACGAUGACUUUGGUGUUCGUGCGAUUAACACAUUUCAGGCUGGCGAAAAGAUAUUAAAUAUUCCUCGAAAAUUAAUCUUAACUUCAGAAUAUUCUUCAUUAACAUUUCUUGGAUCCAUCAUUGCAACAGAUAGAUUGUUGCAAGUUAUGCCAAACGUAGUUUUGGCCAUAAAACUACUUGACGAGUGCUACAAAGAUAAUUCGUUUUGGAAACCUUACAUUGACAUCCUUCCAAGAAAAUUUACGAUUCCUUUGUUCUUCUCUUUGGAAGAGCUCAGUUUGCUGAAAGGAUCACAGAUUUUGAAUAAAGUUCUUAACGUUUACAAAAGCAUAGCUCGACAAUACGCGUACCUUUAUCAAAUAUUUAAGAAAAUUCCUACAAACAACCAACUGAACUUUAUGAAAUCGUUUACAUUCAAGCAAUACAGAUGGGCUGUUUCCAUAGUGAUGACACGACAAAAUCAAAUACCAAAUCUCAGUGGAGACGAGCUAAAGCUGGCUUUAAUACCUUUUCUUGACAUGUGUAAUCAUCGUGAUGGUUAUUUAACUACGGAUUACGAUGUCAAUGCAGAUGCUUGUGUAUGUUAUGCACUGGAUUCGUGUAAACCUGGUGAUGAGGUUUUCAUAUUUUAUGGUCCACGAUCAAACGCCGACUUUUUUGUUCAUUCUGGAUUUUACUACGAAAAUAAUAAACACGAUUUGCUUCAUAUACAACUUGGAAUAAGUUCCAGCGAUCCUUUAUAUGUACUCAAGACUCAGCUUUUAUCUAAAUUGGCCAUUAAUCAAAAGAAUUUAGCUGUGACAACAAGACAAUAUGUGAUGACUAAAGACUUAUUGGCAUUUCUUAGAAUAUUUUGUAUUACAGAAGAAGAAAGUAAAUCAUUAAUUGGAGAAAAUGACGAGAAAUUUCAUGCAAUAUUUUACGAUGAAACUCAAAGAAUUAGUGAUGAAAAUGAGAUGAAAGUUUGGGAUUUCAUUCAGACAAGGUGCUCAUUAUUACUUCGAAUGUAUCCCACAACCAUUGAACAAGAUGACGAGAUGUUAAAAGCUUUCAACUUGAGCGAGAACAUUACUUUGGCAAUAAAACUGCGACGAAAUGAGAAGCUUUUGUUAUCACAAUGUACAGUGUAUUCUAAGGAGAUCAUAAAGAAAUUGUCAGAAAACUCUAAUAAGAAAUCAUAAAUGACUUUGUAAUGAUGAGCUAUAUAUAGUAGUUUUAGACACGACAUGUUGACGAGAAAAAAGAAUUUUAUGAGAUUUGUGAACAUUACAUUCAA